AUGCCGAAGGAUAAACUCAAAGUCAACUCAGUGCCUGAGCAGCCAAAGGAGGAGAAAGAAGUCAUCAAGCCUUCAGCUCCUGUAGCAGAACCAGAGUCAUCCCCUAAUACUGUAGUAGAGAAACCUGGGAAGAAAACAGAAUCUGCUAAAACUCAACAGAAGGACAAAAAAAGUAAAAUGAAGAGAUUGGACAAGACAGACAACGAGGAAGAGAGAGAUCCCGAGAAUGUAAAGAAAAAGAGGAAGCGGAUUAAACAGCUCCAGUCUGACAGCAGUGAUGAGGAAGGUGUCCCACCAUCUCCCAUACCUGAGGAAGAGAAAGCUCCAUCUCCACCUCCUGUUCCUGCUCUGAAAACUGAACUGGAGCCUCCAUCCAUGGAGGUCUCAGCUGGAGGGAGGAAGAGGAAACGGAAGCGUGUGCUGAAAUCCAAAAUGUUUAUUGACCAAGAAGAAGGCUGCAUGGUGACAGAGAAGGUUUACGAGAGUGAAUCCUGCACUGACAGUGAGGAGGACUUCAAGACCAAGCCACCAGCUGCCCACAAACCCCCUGCCCCACCUCUGAAGAAGGAACCAAAAGAAGAAAAGAAAAACCUGAAGAAAGGAGCAGCCACCACCACCAGAGCCAACAAACAGGUCUCCAUCUUGGGCUUUUUCCCAAAGAAAUGAACUGGGGCUUUCUUCAGGUCCUCUUGGCAGCCUGAGAACGUUGCUCUUUUUUUUUGUGUGUGUGUUUGUGGCUUUCUGAAAGCUGCUGUGUUGGAGGAGGAGAACAACAUGCAGCCUGCAGUUACAUAAGAUAACUUGCUUACUGUGUAAGUAAGCCCUCUGGACUACAUCUUGUAUCAGAGAGAAGUUUUUUUUGGGGACUCCAAUCAUUUCAGGCAUCUUUCCUGAGCAGGAUGGGAAGGACCAACUUGGAAGCCAAAUCCAGAAGAGCUCUCGUGAGACUGUCUAUCCACACCAGAUUUUAUUUUUAUAAUACAGCCUUUCAGCUCUUGGGUGCUGUUCCAUAUGUGGUAAAUGGACUAAUUUAGGAGUUGAGUUGUGGUUUAUUUCCCCCUUCCCUCUUCUUUGGACACCCCCAGCUCUCCAGAUUGAUCCUAAAUGUUCACCUUGGGUAGAAGCCACAACGUAGUAAGUCUGAACACCAAGACUGAACAUCUGCUUCAGCUUUCACUGAAUGAAAUGAACUUAAUUUUCCCCCUAAGACUGGUAAAUAGUUUUUUUUUUCCCUCUGCCUUUCAUCAUCAUUUUUACUUUUUUAUUUUGGACAAAGCAGUUGCAUAUAAAACAUUUUUCUUCCUUAACACAUCCUCUGAAUUGCUAAUCAUAGCCCAGCACACUGGGGCUGCUCUGUCUUUGCAAAAACAUCCCUGAGCCUUCCCACACAAUUGGCUCCAGUAUAACUGGGGGAAGGCUCUGCUCUUACUGGGAAAGCAGUUUUAUCCUUAACCUUGAAAAUGAACCAGCCAAAGGGGAAGGGAGAUGAGAGGACACUCCUGAUAACACCACUCAGGUACCUGCUGGCCUUGGCAGAGUCCCACAUAGGUUUUGCUUUGCCUGGAGUUGUUUUUUAUCUUUCCAGACACCAACCAAGCAGCAGAAGAGUUGUUUUCUAGGACAUCUCCUCACCUGCCUGCUGAAAGUCCUGAGGAACUGGUUCUUGGAGCUGAUUAAACCCCUGCAGUCCUUUUAAUCAGAACCAGGUCAUCAUUUUGGAUGCUUUCUGGUUUUUUACUGGUGCUAAAUUUGACAGAUGGAUCUACCAGGCCAAGUUGGGUGCUGAGGUCUCCCAAAUGGGCAACUGAUGUCAUCAGUGGGUGUUUCUGAGUGGUUUUAGGGCCAGCACUGGUGUGGGGAUGUGUUUGGUCUGGUUUAUAAAGUGUUUGUGAUUGGCAGGCAGGUAGAUAAAGCCUGAGGAAUGUGAACUAACAAAAAAAAGUCUUUGGCACCCAGCUGAAUUAUUGCAAGAUUAUAAUAACCAGCUGUCUGCUGACCUGUGGCCAGUAAAAGGGCCCCUGUGGCUAGUAAAAGGGCCAGCUGAGUCUGUUUAUGAAGCCUUUUGGACCAGGAGCUCAGAUUGAUCUUGAAGAUUGCACCUGGUUGUCCCCAACAGUUGAAAGUCACAAGAUAGGAGAUGAUUUACUCCCUGCAUAGGGUUAAAAACUUCAACCCAGGAUUUUCUGAAUUGGAAACUUGGGGGAAAAAUAAUGGGGAGAAGAAAGGAGGCAAAAAACUGGUUCAGUACUCUGAGGCAUCCAAACCCAGAGCUGCUGCAUGAGCUGAAAAAAAAAGGGUUUCAGGCUCUUGGGGUGUGUUUGAGUGACGUGGGCAGCAGAGGUCCAUGGGGAAAGAAUGAACAACCUUGUUCUGACUUUUAUGAAGAAAUUUAACUGUACCAAAAAAAAAAAAAAAAAAUACUGCCACAGUGUUUCUGUUUUUCUUGGUAGAGCUGGGGGUGUGUUUUGAAAAGUCAUGAUAAGUACCAAAAUCCAUUAAAUGCAGAUUAAUUUUUUUUAUUAUUUUUCUUUUUCUCUUGUCCUUGCUGUUCAUUAAAUGAAAGGUCUUUU